UGGCCAGAACUAUCAAACCAAACCAGUCUGACCAGUAUAAUUUGGGUGGAGGCUAGUUGAUUGUAGUUAUCCGAUGUGCACAAAUAAACACUUUAAUUUAAACAGCAGGAAAGCUAAUAUUAGAUAGAAAUGAUCCACUUCUCCAGCAGUAGCAUUAACCACCAUUUUACUAAUGUAAUAUGUGAGGCUGAAAUGCACAGCUUCUGAGACUUUUAAAAACACUUCCUUGAUUGGUUCUUGGCAUAGAUACAGCUUUGUAAUUUCCGUGAGCAUCGGUGUGAUCUGAACGGCACAGGAUGAUCAUUCUCAGGACAGAGGAACUCGAACAAGCUGAGAGCGUUUUGAAGCAGUUUUUUCCCGAGUCCAUCAAGGUUUAUGGCUGUAUAUUCAACAUAAACCGGGGGAAACCUCACAAUCUGCAGGUGAUUGCAGACCAGUGGCCAGAUUUCACUGUCAUUAUUUGCAAACCGAAAGUUCAGGGCACAAAGGAUCGAGAAGGAGAUUUCAACAUUUACAGCAUCUACUCAAAGAGCAAAGACAGCCUGAGGAAGUUUCUGGACACACCUGGUGUGAUCAAUCAAGACUCAUUCACAUUAUUGGCAGGGGUUGACAUCAAGCAUUUAGAAGCGGUUCAGGAGUUUGCGGAUCAACAUGGACUUCCUUGGAAAGUACAAGUAGUGAUGAAUGUGUUAAUGCUUCAGGAUGCAAACCAGCUGCGGUUUAAACAGAGUUCAGCAGGUCUCAGAUUUUCUCCGCUCAGCGAAGCUCAAGCACAUCUGGUGAACAGCACAUGGAAGUAUGGAGGAGACAGUAACAGCUACAACUCAGUGCUGAACUACAUCUCCCAUAAUCCUUCACUGUGCGUAAUCGAGGAGGGCGCCACCGAGCCCGUCUCUUGGCUGCUUGUGUACCAACACGCUGCUCUUGGUUUACUCUAUACGUUACCACAACACAGACGUAAAGGCUACGCCAAGUUACUGGUGUCUAUCAUGGGCAAAUCCCUCCUGGAGCGAGGACACCCUGUGUACUGCUUCGUGGAAGAGGAAAAUGACACUUCCUACAAGCUUUUCACAUCACUGGGGUUCCAGCAUUCACAGGGUUACAGGGCGGUGUGGUUUGAGCUCAAUAAACGAGAAGACAAGAAAUAGAAAUGCAAAUCACUUCAAAUGUCAUUCUGGAGUUUUUAAUUACUUCAUUAUUUGUAAUAUAAUUUAUUUAUAUUACGCUCGGUUCUUGGUUGUUCUCCUUCUGUCUUUUCUCCGCAAAAUACUUCAGACCUUUGGAGCAGACGGUGAUGAUGAAGUGAGCCUCAUUGAUACGCCGGCUCAGCCAAGCCAUCUGACCCUCCUUACAGAUCUCCAGAUGUUCCCAGAGAUCCAGAGACACCUGCACAUCCAAACACACACAUUCAGUCAGAUUAAUCCACCUGAAACCUCAGAGAAAUCAGUCCUGUAUCAUGCACUCUUAUCCACUUAUAGACUUGAUGUCUUGAUAAAGAGCACACUGAUCCAACAAGCUUCAAUUUCACUUAAAAGCAUCAAAGUUUCCCACAAAGAGGCAUGUGAUCAGCUGGACAAAAAAAGAAACGUUUUCCCCCAUUCAAUAUGACAAUAUAAACUAUAGAGCUUUUAUUUUGGCAGAAAAUAACCUUAAAGAUCCUCUUUUUUGACAACAGGUUUAUAAACGAUUCUCAUUACAAAUAUGUGAAGAUGGUUGGUGUGUUUUGCAUUUUUAAAUACACAAUAUUUUAUCCACUUUUAUACAAUGACUGGAGGUCAAGUGUUUAUUUCACCUUCUGUAGAAGUAUUUAUCAUUCUUUAUCAUAGUUCAUGUUAACUAAUGUAGAUAACUAAUUACUGUAAAAUGUCACCAGCUAAUGAGACGAUACUGUAAAGUAUUCCCAUGUUUACUUUGGAAAAACAAACACUGAUGAAUCAUGCACAUAAUCAGGAACAUGUAUUAAUAAAGUAAAUAGGAUACAUUUA